AUGGAGUUACGCGAUAAUUGUCCUCUUAUGAAUUUGAAACUGGAAUUAAUUCGAUUACCAAAGUCUAAUUAUGUUCGAAAUGGAAAAGUGCAUUUUAAACGUCUGGGACAUUUGAAUGAAGAGCUUGAAUUUCGACGCAUUCCAAUUCCACCUCAGUUACCGACCGUUUUAUCCAAAAAAGAAUUGCUUUCAAUGCUCUCUAAACGAAAUGAACAUCGGAAACAAAUCCCUGAUAAUGUUGCUGGAAUAGUUGAUAUCCCAGAACAGGAAUAUAACGAUUACAAAGAUUCGGUAAGCUAG